GUUUCGAGCUUCCGGUUGAGCAUUUGCUACGCUUCUCGCAUCCACUACUGCAUUUGAAUGUCCGCGCGAAGCUACGUCCCACCACCGCCAUCGCCUCGUUCAAGUUUCAAGUUAGUUUCACACCCCUCCCGCCUACUCGAUCAAAUCCUGCAGGAUGAAGAGAAAGGACCAUAAUUUUUAGUAGAGAGGCAUGGACGAAAGUGGUAGAGAACAAGUCCCCUGAACUAAGAAAUGGAGAAGUCACAAGCGGACACCGCCGUAGCUGAUCUUGCGAAGGGAGGGAUACAGCAGAAGAUAUACAGGUUGCACUCGUUCCUUUUUGGCAUAGAUGCAGCUUGUAGUAGAGGAGACUCGGAGACAGCCCUGGGUCUUGGUCUUCGAUUGCUCGGAUUCUUGGAGAGCGAAUGCAAGUCAAUUGAGGACGUUACAUACAUUGAGCCAAUCAAGAGGCAGGUGCUGAAGAAGAUCGCAACAGCCUCCCAGGAAACGCAAGUUGACAGGCUGGCACUGGAAGAAGCCCGUGCUGCUUCUGACUUCAAAUUUCGGCAGGGAAAGACUAUUGAUGUUGAGAGGAUAGAAAAUGAAGCUUUUUACCGUGCUUUUGUGCAGAGAUCAAAGCCCGAGGACAAUGCUGCCCACAGCACCACUAAAGACAUAUCUAAUAACCUGGUUCCAGAGACGAAAAACUCAACGGCAGACGUUCCUCAUCGGGACGGAGUUCUUGAUUUGGGAGAAGAGGUUAACGGUUUUAGAUCCAGUAAAGCACCGGCUCAGUCCAGGCUUACAUCUCUAUAUACUCAUGCACAUCAAAAGGUUGCUGAAACUGUCUUGAAAGAUCCUGAUUUUCUAGGAGUAGCUCCUAAAGCAAAAUACUCUGCAGCUACUCUACCUUCAGCAGGAUCAUAUCGCCGGCGGGCAACCGAAAACAGAGACAACGAUCGUUUGCCCUCUCCUGAGUCUGAAGCAAAGAUCAACCCUUACAGUCUUAACCGCAAAAGACCAAAUAAUCCCUAUGGAGCCAAGAGAAAACCUGAGAAGUUCAAAAAAGCGUCCAGGGAGGUCCCCAAGGAGGUCGCCAGGGAGGAAAUGAGUUCCGAUGAUGAUUCUCCGAGUGAACCUCCAUCAGUUAGUUUUGUAACAGCAAAACAAAAAUUGGCAUUAGAUUUAGCCAAAAAGAAUGGAGCUACACCUGCUUCGAAUUCAUAUCAAAGUGGACCGAGUACUUCUUUUGCCUCUAGGCCACCUGGGAAAACCUUAGGAAUGUCAAGGCGUGGUGUUCGUGGCUCCUUCAUACCUCCAAUACGAGGCGCAAAUGCACCCUCAGCUGGAGCUGCUGUAGGUGCCGUAUCUAUGCCACGUGGACCUUCUGCAGAUAAUACUGCCACUGAGGAUUCAACCCGAAAAUGCAUGGAAAUGUUGGCGGGACCUGAUGGAGAAUUGCCAGACAAAUUGAAAAAUUUAGAACCCCGUCUUCUUGAACAUGUCAGUAAUGAAAUCAUGGAUCAAGAUCCCAACGUUCGUUGGGACGACAUCGCCGGACUAGAGCACGCCAAGAAAUGUGUAACAGAGAUGGUGAUUUAUCCUCUCUUACGCCCAGAUAUCUUUCAAGGUUGUCGUGCUCCUGGCAAAGGCCUCUUGCUUUUUGGUCCUCCUGGAACAGGCAAGACUAUGAUUGGAAAAGCUAUAGCUGGGGAAGCGAAGGCGACAUUUUUCUCGAUAUCUGCAAGCUCUUUGACAAGCAAAUGGAUUGGUGAAGGAGAAAAGCUUGUUAGAGCCCUCUUCGGAGUUGCCAGCUGCCGUCAGCCAGCUGUCAUAUUCAUCGAUGAGAUUGACUCUUUGCUGUCACAGCGAAAAUCAGAAGGUGAACACGAAUCUAGUAGAAGAUUGAAGACUCAGUUUUUAAUUGAGAUGGAAGGCUGUGGAAGUGGUAACGAACAAAUCCUCCUAAUUGGAGCAACGAACAGGCCUCAAGAGCUUGAUGAGGCUGCCCGGCGACGGCUAUCUAAACGGCUCUAUAUUCCUUUACCUUCCCAUGAGGCAAGAGCGUGGAUUGUUCGCAGUCUUUUGCAGAGAGAUGGGCUCCUCUCUUUGUCAGACGAGGAUGUUGAUUCUAUCUGUACAGCUACGGAUGGUUAUUCAGGUUCAGAUAUGAAAAACCUAGUUAAGGAGGCUUCAAUGGGGCCUCUUCGAGAACUUUUAAUGCAGGGCAAAGAUAUUAGCAGUAUUAGUCCACAUGAUAUGAGACCUAUUUCUUUACAGGACUUUGUUAAUGCAUUGCAACAAGUCAGACCGUCUGUUUCGCCUGACGAGCUUGGGAUGUAUGAGGACUGGAAUCGGCAAUUUGGUAGUCUAGCACUUUAGUCAGGGUAUCUGUUGGUCAAGCCCUUGUAGCCUGCUGCAAUGGAUUUGUAAGAAUGUUUCUUUGAUCACGUGUAACAAAGUUGGAUAAGCGGCAAUUUUCGGCAAGUGUCGACA